CAUUUUUAUUUUUUUUUAAUUUUUUUUUUAUAAAAACAUCUCCAUGAGGAAAUGACCCUCUACAUCCUGGAAUCUGAGACUAAAACCCGCCCGGAUCUUGCGAUGUUCCAAACCUUGAUCCAACCUAUAUUUCCUUCUGCUCGAGUCCUAGACUAUAAGUCUUUCAAUGAUAACGUCUAUCCACGUUACCUUCUCAAGCUCUCCAAUGGACUCGAGCUCACCAUGAAGGCUGGUCCCAGGCCACUCUCCACGCUGCUACGUCAAGAAAAACACUCGCUGAGGACAGAGGCGGCUGUGCUUUCGUUGCUGGCCUCACGAAACAGCCCAUAUAUCCCCCGUCUCUUCAGAUUCGAUGCCCUGAAAUUUGACCCGAAAACACCAUUUCUCCUGAAGCAGUCACUCGGCGGAGUGCCACUUAGUGAGAUUGAACCGUCGUCCCUUAGCUCCGCGGAUCGAAACCGUAUAGAUGAGCAACUGGGACGGACAGUGAAACUCCUCGGCCAAUUCACAUCCACCCAGUUUGGCAAUGUCCAUUCCGUUUCCCAGGGUGAGGGAAGGCAGAGCUGGAGACGUGCUUUCCUAGUUUUCAUUGAAUAUAUCCUGUGCGAUGCCGAAGAUAUGUUCAUUUCACUGCCAUAUGCUCAGAUCCGCCACGAUGUCAUGCGGCUUAGCCCGGCUCUAGAUGGCGUUACGGAGCCCCGCCUGGUUGUUGUGAAUCUUGGAGACAGUUCGAAUAUCCUUGUCGACCGGGACACGAAGGAUGUGACGGGAUUUGUUGAUUUCAGUGACGCUGCAUGGGGGGAUGUUAUGAUGGCAGAGGUCUUCGAGGAUCCAUCCGCAGCUCUAUUGAAUGGGUACGGGUCGAGCCAGAUGCAGAUGGACGAUGAGUUACUACGUAUACGCUUACUUUUGUACUCCUGCUACCGCCAAAUACGUAUAAUUGUGAAGCAAUACUACCGCAACUGGCAGGACGAUGAGGAAAUGCAUGCUCGAAGAAAAUUAACGACGGUCCUCGCACAAAUGGCUGCGUUGAGCUGUUGUUAACAAUCAUGAUCUGUUGUUUGAAAUCUGCUAAGGUUUUUU